UAUGACGUUUCGUUCAAUGAUAUUAGGUGGACCUCGUCUUUUGAACUGAUGACGUUUGAAUAACAUCAUGAAACUGAGAAGAAACUAAUCCGAUUUCGUCGCUGCAACUUUGUGAGUAAUAGUCCGUUUGAGCAGGCACACGAGGGAUAAAAUUUCUAAUGGACACUAGCCUUUCCUGUACGGCGACUCAACUGAUAUCGGAUACCGCGAUGCUAUCGUCGCUUUAUCAAAAGACAGAUAACUACAAUCGAAAAUCUUCCGUCAAACGUAACUGAGCCGCGGCUCUUCGAGCAACGUGUUCGCGCGGAGUCGGACGACACGGUUUGUGCUUUUUUUUUACGAUCCAUCGCGAGAAUUGUCGCGGCUUAUGCUGAGCCGCUAAUAGAAAUGAUCUAGUCAAGUUUACACACCGCGUUGUUCUCUUUUUUCUCUCUCUCUCUCUUUCUCUCCUCUUCUCUUAUUGUGUGAGUGAUUGAUCGGUUCACAAUAGCGGUAAGCGUGUCGCUCUUUCGUAAGUGACAUUAAACGCGCUGGGCAGGGCGACGACAGUUCCUCGUGUUUUUCGCGUCCGAUAAGACGACGGAAUGCCGAUAUCGCGGACAAAUGUGUUUAAUUGAAUAUGCCUUGGCCGAGUCCUAUUUACGAAUAAACACAUCCAGGAGUGCAGUUCGUCGCUGAUUCAAAAAUCGAAGAAAAAGGCGAGGGUGAAUCCAAUCUUCGGACGCAGAAAGGAUCGAUUACUCGACCCUGAGAACGCCGCAUUCAGAGGCGAAAGAACUUGGAAACUAUUCUUGGCGUUGCUCGGGUACGUUUUACCUGACACAGCUUGCUGAUAAGCUUGCGAAAGCUUUCGACAGAGCGGCUAAAAAUUCUUCUUCACUUCAUUGAAAAACGAAUAAUCGAAGCGUAAACGAAUAUAACGGCGCGAAGUGAAUUCUGGCAACACCUCUCUUUUGAAAUGCAAGCUGGUGGCGGAUGUGUCUGACUAAUACGUUAUUAUUGAGGCAUUUGUCGGUGUUCUUUUUUCGCGAGGUCUGCUUGAGUUCUUCGGAAAAGUGCUUCUGGCCCAGAAAUACAUUUCAUUUACUUGCCUCGAGAAACGAGACUUUUUUCUUUAACAACGGAAACGCUUUACGAUCUUUCUCGUUACUUUAUCGUUCGAUGCUAUGCUGUGCAUCAGAUAGAGUUUGCAAGCAUGAAAAAUCGGGAGCGUGUAUUAUAGUAGAUCGAAACAGAAGAGAGAAAAAAAAGAGAGAGAGAGAGAGAGAGAGAGAGAGAGAGAGAGAGAGAAAGGAGAGAGACAAAGUAGGGAAGUCACAGGGGGAGCGUUUCGAGUGGCCCAUUUCUCUUAUCACGAUAAAGCCUGGGCUUGGCUUGUCGCGAUCAUCACGGAGCUCGCGACGAUCAGGGUGAUUCACUUUUCAAUUGCGAUUCGUCGCGAUCGUUCUCCCCAGUCGCGGAUCCGUCAUCGCGAUGAAUACGACAGCCUCAAGCUCGCUGUCACCGCUGCCGCCGUCGUCGUUGUCGUCGUCGUCGUCGUCGUCUAACCAUCAACGACAUGGAUGAUCCAAAAUUGACCAACAACGGCAUCGGGAUGGACGUGGAACUGACUCGAGCGUCGCUGAGUUCGCUGCAGAAAGAGGACGACUGCCGCAUCGUCUCUCCCAACAGCUUUGAGGAGUGGACGUGGACUGGAUUGAGGAAAGAAUUCAAGUACAAGAAUCUAGAAAAGCUAUACACGAUUUAUCACAGGAGAAUACAGUAUGGUUAUCUCUCGUUAUUCAUCUUGCUACAACUCUUACUUGGACUUACGUAUUGCUUGUAUCUGGUCUUUAAGGUCGGCAUGAGAGAAUGCUUGGUGGACGUCGUAGUUUACUGUAUCGUGGGCGCUCUGUUAUGUCCUGUGAUCGCCCUAUCAUUCCGAUCGAGGCAGAUGUGCAUCGCCAAGAACAACUAUCUGCCGGUCAUGCUGUCCUGGAUAAUUAUUGUGCUCUUAGUCGUUUGCGAUCUGACCAUACCUCUAUAUUAUGUCUUCUCUUCCAACGAGAGUAUUCCGUCGUUAAGACCGGCGUACGCGACGCACUCGCUUCUCGCAUGCUACGUAUUCCUGCCGAUCACGAAGAAUUCGCACGCUCUCGUGCUCGGCCUUACGGCCAGCACGUGUUACCUGGCGACCCUGUCACUAAUCACCUACAGAAACGCGUCCGAUUUUACUACCAAGAUCGUCAGCGAUACGAUAUACUUCGUCUGCGUGAACGCUCUGGGCCUCUACUUCAGGUUCAUGAACGAGGUCGUCAUCAGGCGCUCCUUCCUGGACCGCCGGAAGUGCGUCGAGUCCACGCUCAGGCUCAACUACGAGAAGGAUCAAGAGGAGCAAUUAACGCGGAGUAUAUUGCCGCAACACAUAGUGGCGAAAAUCAAAAAGGACUUCCGCGAUAUCUUUAAGUUUAUAGAGGAGCACAAGAAGAGUCCCCCGCCGAAAGGCAGGCCGUACAGUGAUUUAUGCUUGGAGACGCACGACAACGUGAGCAUCCUGUAUGCGGACGUGGUGAACUUCUCCGGGUUGACCGUAACGCUGCCGAUACGAAAACUCGUGGAGACGUUGAACGAUCUGUUUGGCAGUUUCGACGAGGCUUCCGAGAGACACAAUGUCCUGAGAAUCAAAUUUUUAGGCGACUGUUACUACUGCGUGAGCGGCGUGCCCACGCCGAACUCUCAGCACGCCAAGAGCUGCGUCGAUCUCGGUCUUGAUAUGAUAAAAAUCAUCAACGAGGUGAGAGCGCGAGUCUAUCGCGAGAGUGGGGUGGACGUGAACAUGAGGAUCGGCGUGCACUCGGGCAACAUAAUAUCCGGAAUCCUGGGCACGAACAAGUGGCAAUACGACGUUUGGUCGCGCGACGUGGUGAUAGCGAACAAAAUGGAGCAAACGGGGAAGCCCGGCAAGGUCCAUGUCACUCAGCAGACGCUGGAUCUCGUGAACGCGAGCGACUACAACUACAUGCCGGUCGAGAGGUUGGACGACGAGGUCCUGCGAAAAUACGGAAUACGCAGCUAUCUCAUCACGCCGUCCUUGCCGGAGACGCCGAUACCGUCGCCGACGCGCGAGAACAGUUUGAAGACCAUUAGUCUGGACACGCCGACACUGUUAUAUUCCACGCCUAACAAGCACUACGUCAAGUACAACAAUGGACGUACCAACACCAUCAUCAGCACCAAUUCCAGAACGAGGAUGAUGGCGAACAAUCCAGCGGACGUUUUCGCGAACGCUUGCAGACGGAGAACGCACUUCAUGGAUUCUUGCCUACGGGAUUAUCAUCUGAUGUUGAAAGCAGCAGACGCCGAAAUGGAGAACGCAAUUAAACAGAUGCCCCUCAGCAAAUGGGAACAAUGGAGCAAUUGGAAGCACAUAAAUCCACUCUUCUUGACAUUUCGACAAUGGAGCUGGGAGAUUCCAUUUUUGCGCGAGCCAGACCCCGUCUUCAAAUUUUACAUCGUCUGCUCUGCUUUCGUGCUAGUCUUCAUGGGAUUCAUGUACCUUGUGCCCACGUUUAUGCUCUCUCAGUGUUAUUUGAGCACGCUUGUCGGUUAUACAUCGGCAUUGAUAUUCCUGAUUGCUUUAAUACCCCUUACGUGGAUGCAUUUCAUAUGGAACCGCUACAAGGACCCACACGACGAGCACGAAGGACACGUUCCGCACCCACGAAAUAAACUGCUAUACUUUUUUUAUCAAACAAGUGUGAAGGUUGUCUGGAGCGCCCUUCUAAGGACCAUCUUAUAUUUGGUGAUCACAAUAAUGUUAGCAGCAUGCGCCAUGUUGGACAUGAUUGUCGAAUGUAAAAACCCCGACCCGUUCGACAACAACACAACGUCCAGCGUGUCUAACGAUAACGUCACUUCCAAAUUUGAAUGCUUAUCUAAACCUUGGCAAAUGACAGCGACCUGCUCAUUGGCGAUUCUCACGAGCUUCCUCUUCCUGAGAGUCCACUACAUCUUGAAAUUCGCGAUAAGCAUCUGCGUGGUAGCAUUUUACGCGUGGAACGUUUGGCUGAACCGAUCUAAUAUAUUUCAGUUCAGUGACACGUGGAAUCCUCACAUGGACUCGAGACUGGCGCAUGUAUUGACCGUGGUGUUUCUCACAUUCUCCUUGCACUUAAUCGAUCGUCAGGCAGAAUAUUUGAGCAGGCUGGAUUAUCAAUGGAAACGUCAGCUAACGAAGGAACAGGAUGAAGCGUUUCACACGAGGAACGCCAACAAGCUUUUACUUCGUAAUAUCUUGCCGGAACACGUUGCGGAAUUUUACUUGAACAUGAACCGAACCGAGGAGAACGAGCCUUAUCACGAGGCUCACAAAAACGUUGCCGUGAUGUUUGCGUCGCUGACAGAGCUGUCGAUCGUCGAGAGUAACAUUCUCAGCGAUCUGAACGAGAUCAUUUGUGAAUUCGACAAGUUACUUUUCGAUCCCUGCUUCAUGUGUCGCAUUGAGAAGAUAAAGGUCGCUGGAACAACAUACAUGGCAGCUUGCGGAUUGGAUGCGCACCGGCGUGAUUCAAUGCACAGCACCGAGAGCGACGAGGGUGAUUGCAGCGACAAUGUGGUCAAGGUGAUGGCGCAAUUCGCCGUUCAAAUGAUGUCCGUGCUCGACAGAAUGAACGCGAGAUCGAAACCUCACAAAUUAAGGAUCGGCAUUUCUCACGGGGAGGUGACGGCCGGUGUCGUGGGGGCACAGAAGCCAUUGUACGAUAUCUGGGGCGACGCGGUGAACAUGGCGUCUAGGAUGGACACGACUGGAAUAGCAGGAAAAAUACAGGUAACAGCGGAUACGGCUGUCGUCUUGGAACAGCAAGGUGUCAAGUGUCAUCUACGCGGCGAGACGUACGUCAAGCCGAAAGGAGAAGUCACAACGUACUUUGUGGGCAUCGACGAGCAGGGAAUGUUGGAAAGAGUAGAUGCGGGGGAAGAGAGUACUAGUUUAUGACAAAAACGAUGAACGAUAACUCGAAUUAACUUUAGCGAUUGAGCUCUCCCGAUUGAUAAAUCGUUUCGGCGCGUGCAGGGUGUAGUCGAACGGUUGCUUUCUCCUUGCUUUCGAAUAACUGAGAGAACGAUAAAAAAAAAAUUACGAUUUAAAGAUUGAAAGUAUGAAAAGAAUUUUGUAUUCGGAGAUGCAACUCUAAUCGAGUUUAACGUACGAAAUAUUCAAGAAGAGAUUCUUUUGUCAAUGAGAUAAACCUCUUAUGCCUAUUUCCACCAACGCAGAUUAACUUUGAUCUCAGUUUAACUUACUCUUUAUCUUUCUUUAGUUCUAAGAAUUGGAAAAAGAUAAGGAGUAAGUUGAACUGAGAUCAAAGUUAAUCUAUAUUGGAGAAAAUGGGCAUUAUAAUUUCAUAUGAAAGGCCCAUUUGUAAUUGGUUAUAUCGUAUAAUGUGUUAAUAUUUGCAGUAUAAAUAAAGACGGUCGAUACAAGGCUGAAGAUAUUGUAGAAACAGAAGAAGCGACUCACAUUAGCUACAUCCUGCAGUGUCUGAGCGAGAAAGUGGAGAAACCAAAGAAAGUUAGAGAGACCAAAGAAGGCGGAGCACGAGAGGACGUGAAAUGACAGUAGAAUAACAUAAGGGGAUGUACCUCGAAUGAUUUAGGUUGUACGCGAGAACGCGGUACAGCGUCGUUAUUGCCGCAGGCCGAUUGUUAUCGCCGAGUAAUAAUAAUUUUAAUCAAAACGAAAGAGACUAUAUAAUGUAUGUGCGUACAUAAUUAAAAUUACGACAAUGUUUUUGCUAGAGUAUUAUGUUGUCUGAAAGUUAUACACAAAGAGAGAUAUCUGCAUCGAGCUAUUUUACGUAAUACACAGUAAUUAAUCGUUAUUAUUGGAUUGACUCGAUCUCCAUGUAGCACGCGAUUCUAUUAUAGGAUAUUCCGAUUUGCUCAGAACGUCGAGGAGAAUAUUUUAAAACAGCCGAUGUCCCACCAUCUAUAAGAAUGUAGUUAAUUAAAAACAGUCUAUAGCUCUAUAUAAAAAUUCAAAGGCAUUAUACGAUAUUAAAGUGUAAAGUGUAAAAUGACGCGAAGAGAGUUUGUCCAUAAAAUAUUAAAUAUCUUUAAGAAAUAUUCUAAGAACAUCGGCGCGUAUCCUAAGGAUAUCUCAUACGCGCAGUCAUUAAUCCAACGAUCGAAUAAUCUUAUUGCAGAUACAUAUUAAUUGAUAAAUCAUGACAGAUGCACGUCCGAAAAUCCUUGAGGAUCCGCUGAUUGUUCUUAGGACUAUAUUUUGCUAUGUGAAAACAGUGAUAUUGGAAAAUCGUGCUCGUUGAGUUCGUUCAUAUCUGUUCCUUCGUCGAAAGCAGGAUGGUACAAUUGUAAAGCAGAAUGUAAUUUAAUAUAUGUCUCUUUAACAUAUGUAUCUGUCGGCCGAAUAGACGACACGUCGUAAUAAAAAAUUGUGUGGCGAAAUAAAGAAUUGCGCUCCGCUUCGCAAUCAAGGCGAGCGAAAGAAUUUGCGACGAAAUUGAAAUCGAUGAGAAAAUACUAGUUGUCAAUUCGUGAGCGCGCAUCACAAAAACUAGCAACGCACGUCUGUCUUUUC